UCUUGAGAUAGAAAGGGAUAAUGGGAGCUGAAAAAUAUGAGAAGAUUGCAGUUAACAAGGGGGUUUUAUCUGAUAAGAGUACAGGUGGCGAAAUCUGCAAGGAGAUUAGAUCAGGUCAAAAGUUGUGGUUGUAUUCUUAUUUUCCAGCCCUAGCUCCUGUCUCAUCUGCUGUUCCAGCCCGGGAUCUACUCACCUACGGCUUCAUGUUCAAGAAUGCCGUGGAGAACAAGAGGAGCUUCGAGGAGUGCCUCAAGUUUUUUGCUUCUCUGUCUGUUGAAUGACCCGAUGCAGACUUUGCUGUGUUUCUUGGCGGAUCUCACGGUCCUUCAUGCCUCUGCAGAUGAAGCCGCUGAAGAAAUAAAGAACAUGAAAGAAGAAUGGAAUUCAUGGCAAAACAACCUUUGUUGAUUUUUUCCUUAUGUAUCUCCUUGUCUCUUUGUUGGUUGAAAUUGCACAUUGUCAUGUUUGAACAUAUUGUUUGCGGCCUAUUGGCCAUGCAAACUUCUUUUCAAUGUUGAUCUCUUUCUUGACUCAUAUUCUGGAAAUCUGCUUCUUGUACUUUUUGUUCAUACUCUGGUACAGGUUGAAAUCUGUCA